AUGGCCGACUAUGCAGCGUUUGCUGAAAAGCGCCACAAGGAGCUUGAGCCGCUGCCCUGGUUUGCGGGCGGCAACGGCGUCGGCGGAUUGGUGGCGGCGCUGACCGUGAUGCGCUGGCAGGACCAGUGGGCGGGGCUCGUGCUGUUUGCGCCCGCGGUGGGCUACCGGCUGUCGCCCCGCCUGAAGUUCCAGCGGUGGCUCGGGCCCUGCCUGGACUGCGCCGCGCCGCGCGCAAAGCUCGGCCAGCGCCACGCAGCGGCGGACCUCAAUCCAGACCCAGAGGCGGUGGCCUCCUUCUCGUCGGAUCCCCUCUGCAGCCCGGGCCCCAUACGCGUGCGCACUGCCUUCCAGUAUCAAAGGGGCAUCGACGCCCUGGAUCUGAUGGCGACCAAGAUCCGCCUGCCCAUAUUCUGCGAGCACUCCCAGGGCGACAGGGUCGCUGAUUGGGAGGCAUCCCGCGAGUUCUGCGCCAGCGUCGGCUCCGAGGACGUCACCUGGCUCGCCCCGGAAGGCGGCUGCCACGACGAGCUGUCAGGAAAGCGGGCGCUCGAGUUUGCGGGGCGGAUCGCCGCCUGGCUGCUCAAAAAGUCGGAGCCCAGAAAGGAGGAGCAGGCGGCGGCCGCCGCAGGUGGCGACGACAAGGGCGCGGUCGCGGCGCCCGCUGGGGCCGACGAGCCGCGAGAUGCCUGA